GCGCGCGACCCGCGACGCCCACGGCGAGCUGGCAUCUGUUCGCCGAGACCUACGGGACCUUCAUGACAUAGUGAGCCUGUUCUUGCAGACGAAGGGGGACAUGGACGCGUUCGUACCUGGCGGCCCCACGUUCUACGGGAAUGCAUACAAUCAGCUCCAGCAGCUGAACGUCUACGACAGCAACACGGACCACCCGGUGGACCCAAUGGAAUACGGCGACACCCUUGAUCUCGCCGACCACGUGACGGACCUGGUGGACAUUGAC